CGUCGCCCCAGGCAACAGCGUGAAGGGGCGAAUCUGUCGAGUGGAUGGAAGGAACCGCCUUACUCCCAGCCAGUAGGGACGAAGGGGCGGGGCCGUGGCGGCUCUGCAGCAGUGGGCGGGGCUCGGUUGCCAAAGUAACCGGAUAAUGGUGUUGGCGGUGCUGUCUUCCUGUCUCAACGUUACCAGUUUACUUGUACCGAGAUCCUGAAACUAUGAAUCAUAGUGAAAGAUUUGUUUUCAUUGCAGAAUGGUAUGAUCCAAAUGCUUCACUUCUUCGACGUUAUGAACUUUUAUUUUACCCAGGAGAUGGAUCUAUUGAAAUGCAUGAUGUAAAGAAUCAUCGUACCUUUUUAAAGAGGACCAAAUAUGACAACCUGCACUUGGAAGAUUUAUAUAUAGGCAACAAAGUGAAUGUCUUUUCCCGACAACUGGUGUUAGUUGACUAUGGGGAUCAAUAUACAGCUCGUCAACUGGGCAGUCGGAAAGAAAAAACAUUAGCCCUGAUUAAACCAGAUGCAGUCUCAAAGGCUGGAGAAAUAAUUGACAUAAUAAACAAAGCUGGGUUUACUGUAACCAAACUCAAAAUGAUGAUGAUUUCAAGGAAAGAGGCAGUGGAUUUUCAUGCAGAUCACCAGUCAAGACCCUUUUAUAAUGAGCUAAUCCAGUUUAUUACAAGUGGUCCUGUUAUUGCCAUGGAGAUUUUAAAAGAUGAUGCUAUCUGUGAAUGGAAAAGACUACUUGGACCUGCAAACUCUGGGGUGGCACGCACAGAUGCUUCUGGAAGCAUUAGAGCCCUCUUUGGAACAGAUGGCAUAAGAAAUGCAGCACAUGGUCCUGAUUCUUUUGCUUCUGCUGCCAGAGAAAUAGAGUUCUUUUUUCCUUCGAGUGGAGGUUGUGGGCCAGCAAAUACUGCUAAAUUUACCAACUGUACUUGCUGCAUUGUUAAGCCCCAUGCUGUUAGUGAAGGACUAUUAGGGAAGAUCCUGAUGGCUAUUCGAGAUGCAGGUUUUGAAGUCUCAGCUAUGCAGAUGUUCAACAUGGAUCGGGUUAAUGUGGAAGAGUUCUAUGAAGUGUAUAAAGGAGUAAUAUCUGAGUAUAAUGAGAUGGUAACAGAAAUGUAUUCUGGCCCUUGUGUAGCAAUGGAGAUUCAACAGAAUAAUCUUACAAAAACAUUUCGAGAAUUCUGUGGACCUGCCGAUCCUGAAAUUGCCCGGCAUUUACGCCCUGGAACCCUCAGAGCAAUCUUUGGUAAAACUAAGAUCCAGAAUGCUGUUCACUGUACAGAUCUGCCAGAGGAUGGCCUAUUAGAGGAGGUGGUGACACCUGCUAUUCAAUGUGAUAUUCAACAGAACACUUCACAUGUAAGGUUCAAUAUUUCUUCAAGAUCUUGGAUAACUAGCAGUAUAGAAAAGAAAGAAGUCACAGAUUGAGGCAUUUAGACAAGAGUGAAUCACGCACGUGAGGAAUGUGUUCAUUCUUUUAUUGUCCAUUGUUUUAACCUGACUGAAUACAAGAUCAACAAGAGCACUGUUCUCCUGGCAAUUAUUACAUAUGUUAGAACAUGGAUUUUGCACUGUAGACAACAUUUAACACCAGUCUAUGGGGUACUGCAUUGCUUCUUAUAAAGUUCAAAAUAAAGAUUUAUUUUCAAACAA